AUGAGUGUUUUUGGCUAUCGUCGGGAGCUGAGUAAGUAUGAAGACGUAGAUGAAGAUGAGCUGCUGGCCUCCCUCAGCCCGGAGGAACUGGCGGAAUUGGAGAAGGAACUUGCCGAUAUCGAACCAGACAUGAAUGUUCCCAUAGGUCUCAGGCAGAGGGACCAGACGGACAAAACACCAACUGGGACUUUUAGCAGGGACGCACUCAUGAAGUACUGGGAGAACGAGACGCGAAGGAUGCUGGAGGAUGAGAUUGGAGGAGGAAGUCCCAAACUGGAUGAAGAUGACUUCAAGGAAACAGAGACUGAAAGUGAAUGUGAAGAUGAGAAAGACAACGAAAACGAGAAAGAAGUGCCAAUGCACCAAAGGCCAACAGAGGAAUCAGAGGAAGAGGAGAAGGAGGAGGAGGAGGAGAGUGAUGAAGAGGAGGAGAGUGAGGAAGAGGAAAAGGCACCAGCUCUACUAAAACCCCAGAGGGUGGAGCCAAUGAGACUGACUCCGCCCCCACCUUCACGCAUCGAAAACUCAGCUGGAAACCCAACUGUAGUCGAUGAAGUUCUCCAGAAAGUCCUCAGCAACGACCCUGACGUGACAGACGUGAACCUCAACAACAUCGAUGACAUUUCACAGCAAACUCUGAUCCGGUUCGCUGAGGCGCUGCGGUCCAACUCACACGUGCGCACUUUCAGCGUGGCCAACACUAAAGCUGAUGACCCGGUGGCUUUGGCCGUAGCUAAGAUGCUGAGGGAAAACUGCUCCAUCGUCAGUGUGAACAUAGAGUCCAACUUUGUGAGUGGGAAAGGCGUGAUGGCCCUGGUGCAGGCCUUACCUGGCAACCACACCCUGACCGAGCUGCGCUUCCACAACCAAAGACACAUCUGCGGAGGACAGGUGGAGAUGGAGAUGGUGAAGAUCUUGAGGGAAAACCACACCCUGAUAAAGUUAGGGUACCAGUUCAAUCUGCCCGGCCCCAGGAUGAGUAUGACCGGGAUCUUGACCAGAAACCAAGACCGACAGAGACAGAAGCGUCUGGAGGAGCAGAGGCUGAGGCAGAGCCAGCAGGGAGCCACCGAGAGCGCUCUGAACCCCAGGACCUCUGCUCUGAAAGUUACACCGUGUCCAUCCCCUCGUAGUUCUCCUUGGUCGUCCCCAAAACUCAGCCGUCCUCCCGCACCUCCUCCUCCCCCGCCACCACCUCCUCCACCCCCACCUCCUCCACCUCCAGCACCCGUCCACAGCCAAAAGGGGAAAAAAGAGAAACCCACGCGCAUGAUUGCAGAAGUGAUCAAGGCGCACGAGGCUGGUGCUAAGAAGACCACGAAAGUGAAAGGGAAGAGGGGUAAGAAGGGAAAGUACAAAGACAGUGGUGCUGUGGAGGAGACCGGGAGCAUCCUGAAGGAGCUGAAGAACGCCCUGAGGCCCGUGGUGGAGCGCAGAGGGGAGGACAGCCGACCCUCCACACCUGUGCGCUCUGCCCACGAUCAGCUCAUGGAGUCCAUCCGAGGCAGCAACCUCUGUUCUCUCAAAAAGGUGGAGCUCCCCCAUCAUCUCAGAUAA